AUGGAAGAGAAGGACCCAGAAGGCCCUGGAACUGGCAAGACAUCCAGGAAAGGUCCCCAUCCCCUCCAAGCAGGGAGUGGUGCUGAAUUUUGGGAGAGAGUCAUAUUGGUUCAAGACCCUGUGACCGCAGAUGAACGCAGCCGAUGCUUCCGGCAAUUCUGUUACCAGGAGGCUGAUGGGCCCCGAGAGGUUUGCAGCCGGCUCCACGGACUUUGUAAGGACUGGCUGGAGCCAGAGAGGCGCACCAAGAAGGAGAUGGUGGACCUGGUGAUCCUGGAGCAGUUCCUGGCCAUCCUGCCGCAGGAAGUGCAGGGCUGGGUGAGAGGAUGCGGGCCAGAGAGCAGUUCCCAGGCAGUGGCCCUGGCCGAAGGUUUCCUCCUGAGUCAGGCAGAGGAGAAGAGGCAGGCACAGCAGAUGUGGGGAGGAUCCAUGAAGGUGGAAGCAGAGUUCUCUGAGGCAGAAGGAGCUCCGUCAGAGGAAGGUCAGAGGGCGCAGGCCCAGGAGCGUGCCCAAGAUCCCCUGUCAAGUGGCAGUGAAGAGACGUUAUGCAGCCCUUUUCUUUGCGGAGAAGUGGAAACGCCUCCUCAGCCUCUGGUCCAGGUGGCCGUGUAUUUCACCGAGGCGGAGUGGGGCCUGCUGGAUCCGGGCCAAAAAGCCCUCUACAGGGAAGUCAUGGUGGAGAACUAUGGGAGCGUGGCUUUUCUGGGUAAGCAUCUUUCAGAGUGCUAA